AAUUAAUCCAAAAAUAUUAAAAUGGCUAAAGAAUUGAACGUUAUACAAUGUAUUUUGAAUGAAUGGAAGAAAGAAAGCGAAGAUCUGUCAGAAGCAAGCUCAAACAGAAGCAAAAGCCAAGACCCUAUUUCACGCAAAAACUCUAGAGAAAUGGCAGACUUUAACACACAGCCUUCUGAAGUUGAGCUUGAGAGGAAAAUGUUUCAAAGGAAUGUAGUAACUCCAGUGGCUGGACAUGCCACUUACUGAGAAUUACCUACACCAGAAAAACCCAUGCUUUUCAGCUCAAAGAUACAUCAGUCUCACUCAAUGGAGAAAGACAGUAGAUCCUUCUCUUCUCAAAGAUGGUCAGAGCCAAAGAAGCGAAGGAACUCUUCGACUAGGAAGGCAAACUCAACUGGUAGCGACAGCGAAGACUACUGUACCCAAAUCAAAGAGGAACUAUCUAGCUUUGAAGGAAAAUAAGAUUAUAACCGCAAAAUGGAAUUUAGACUCAGAACCUUUUAAACCUGCUUCUUUAAGAACCCCCAAGAAAGCGCCUCUACAACCAGCUCAGAAUAUUUGAACAUCCAAACCUACUCAAAAAAAAUCACUAGACCAGCUCUCAACUCAGGUUGUCCAAAACCAAAACUUCCAAAAGACCCCCAACAACCAAACCUCAAGAAUAUACCAAGACCUAAUAAUAUCCCACUGCCUCACCGAAAUCUCUUCCAGACCCCCUCCUCUCCCUCACCACACCCUGCUCAGCCUCCUCGAAGAACAUCACAGCUAUAAAUCCACCCUAAAAUCCUACAGAACCCACCUUUCCUUCCUGCCUUCUUCCUCAAAGCCCAUUGGAGGGACCAAAAUUUCCCUUAAAACUCACCUAAAAAUCCCCAAAUUUUUACACAAGUUCUUGCACCCUCACCUGCAGCCUCUAACAGUUUGUCAGAAAGUUGAUUUUUUCUUCAGAAAAACGAGGAUUGGGUGUCUGGUCGGAAAGCCGGUCCCUUGUGCUGUGAAAGUGGAUAACUUUAUGAGAAUGUCAAGCUUUUCAACAGUAUACUUCACAGAGGAAGAAUAUGCACAGUUAUAGGAGACUGCUUUAGAACUCUUGAUUUUGAUGGAAAAGUUCUGGAAAUAUCGAUCCUCUCUAUUCACGAAAUUAGUAAAGAACUUGCAAUCAAAUUCAUAGAAAUCCUACCGAAAAUGGAUUUGCUCAACGACCCUGCUGGAAGAGCCUGCAGAUUGGUAAAUAUCACGAUAGAGGACAUACAAGAGCUGUUCCACAGACAGUUAGUGGACUUGAAGUGCUCAAUCAUGGAAUUUCUUACUUCAGAUUAACAUCUCAAAAUCCAGCUUAAGAUCAGCUCAUAACUUUCAAGUUC